AUGGCGGAUACGAGUACCGGGCAGAACGAGGUAAAUCUUGUAAAUCUGUCGCUAGAACAGCUGAGCUCACUGAAAGGUCAACUGGAAAAAGAGUUGCAACAAUUGACGGUGUCAUUUGGCGGACUGCGCGAGGCUCAGUCGCGGUUUUUCGAAUCCAAGGAGGCGCUUCAGAGCUUGGCGGCUGCUGACCUGAAUAAGGAGGUGCUGGUACCUCUUACAGCAUCCAUGUUUGUACCUGGUACUCUCGUUAGUAAGGAGGAGGUACUGGUGGAUGUGGGUACAGGAUAUUUUGUCGAGCAAUCGGUAAAGAAGGCCGAACACUUUAUGGAUCGGAAAGUCGAAUUCUUGCAGAGCAAUACGGAGCAGCUCAAGACGGUCAUUGAUGGCAAACGCAACAUGCUUGAAGCUGUUCUUAUGAUAAUGCAGCAAAAAAUGCAAGAGGUUCAGCAGAUUCAAGAGAAAUAA